AUGAGUGAUAUCUUUUAGGGUAAUAAAAGUGGAGUCUCUUAUGGAAGUUAAUUUGAUGCGUAUAAUUAUUAAAUAAAUAUUGAAUUUUAGUUUAGGUGCUAGUUUUGGAAGAAUUGCUCCAUAAGACAAAUAAAGUAUAGGAUCAAAUAAUGGAGGAGGCAGUUUUGCUUAAGUUUCUGUUUCAUUUUUGGUACAACCAGAUCAAUACAGAUCAUCAGUUGGUUUAGAGGAAGGAUAAGUUCCUAUUUAAAUAUAUGAAUAUUAAGAACCUAUAAAUUAAAAAGGAGUAUUUUUUAGAAGCAGUGGAGACUUUGAAAUGUAAUUUGAGGAGAUUAGAAUGGAUAGAUUAAAUAUUGAUUAGCAAUAGAAAGUUGAAGAGGAUGCUUAAUAAUUGCAAAAAAACAGUUAAAGAUCAUCAAAUGAUUUUGAAAUGAAAAUAUGUAAUAAUCUAUAUUCAUAUCUAUGUCUAUUAUAGAAUCUGCAUAAUAAAUCAGUAACAAUUUUAAACCAGAAAUUAAUCAAAAUAUUAUUGAAGAAAAUAAGAAUCUCUUUAAUGUUAAUAUAUCAAAGAGCAUUUAUACAAAUAAAAUAACUUAGUUAGUUGAAUAGACCUAAUAGAAAUUAAAUGUAUAAAAUAGAAAUUAAUAACAUACUCAUAUAUCGUAAUCAUUUAAAUUAUAUAAUAUUUUAGAAAAAGUCAAUAAAAAUUAUAAAGGAAAUCACCUAAUAUAUAAAGGGAUCAUUCAGAUUUAUCAUCAGAUUUUAAUCAAUAAAAUAGUAAUGAUCCUAAUUAAGAUCCAAUAUAAUAGAAAUUAGCUAAAAAUAGAGAAUCAGCUAGAAAUUCUAGAGCAAGAAAGAAGAUUUAUUAUGAAUUAUUGGAAGUGAAAGCAUAAGAAUUAUAGAUAGAAGUUGAUUCAUUAAAAUAAUAGAUUUAAAAUUAAUAAAAAUAUACAGAAAUUUGUAAUAAAUCUUAAGAAAAAGUAUUAUAUUUUAUAAAUAAUUAGUUUUAAAUGUUUUUAGAAUAAUAAUAAUUAUUGUUUGAUAAAUUAGAAACAUAUUUAAUUAAAAAUAAAGAUAAUAUGGAAAUAGGAAUGAUUUUGGAUGCCUUAAGAUAUAGAACUAAUUCAAAUAGUUAAGAAAGAAAUGAUGCAGCUAGAAACCAUUUUGAUUAAAUGGUAGAAGUUUGUCUUCCAAUUCAAACUAGAUAUUUGAUAUAUGCAUUAGAAAAGAACAAAGAUUUUUUUGCUUAACAACCAAAGUAUUAUUAUUCAAUUUCAAUACCAGUGAUUAUUCUGAUUGGAUGGUGGAUUCUUUUUAAAAGACUGAUAUUAAACCAGAACAAAUUGUAAAAGUAAAGAAGAUGAAAACUAAACUAUAAAGUGUAAGAAACAAUAUAUCAGAGUAUUUAUUAUUACAUAAAAAUAUUAGUUCAAUACAAAAAAUAAAAGAAUAAUUGAAAUUAAUAUAAAGUGAAGCUUUAAAAGUUGAUUAAAUGUGGGAAUAAUUGAAAGAAUGUCUAACACCAUUCUAAUUAGGUUCAUGUAUUUUAGCUAUGAGAUAAGUAUAAUUUUAUUAAUAAAUAAGAAUUAAUAUAGAUAAGAAUUAUAAACUUCAUCAUUAUUUCUGUAACUUAAAAACUCUUAAAUGGUAUUAAUCUUAUAUUUAUAAUUAUAUAGUCAGAUGAAGAAGAAGUGUAAGGUAAUCAUGAACAAUUUACUGUUCCUAAUAAUAGAAAACUAAUAAAGAAAUCAUAGAACUGA